AACACCUGCGCAUAUUUGAAUAUCCGGUCGAUUGACCUAGUUUCAAAGAAGGUGUGUGUUAAAAACGAAAACAUUGUAAUUUCUUCCUCUUUUACGACACGCUCAUUCAAAAUGCCUCCUAAACAGUGCGGAAGGUGCAGUAAAACUGUGUAUCCAACGGAAGAGCUCAAGUGUUUGGACAAGGUAUGGCACAAAGGCUGCUUCAAAUGUCAAGUCUGCAAUAUGACCCUGAACAUGAAAAACUACAAAGGCUAUGACAAACUGCCAUACUGCAAUGCACAUUACCCACAGUUAGGCCACACAGCGGUUGCUGAUACCCCAGAAUCUAGAAGAAUUGCACAGAACACCAAAAUACAGAGUAAUAUCCAGUACCAUGCUGAUUUCGAGCAACAGAAGGGAAAGAAGAUUCAGAUCGCCGAGGAUCCGGAGAUGUUGCGAGUCCGGAAGAAUAUGGAUGUGAUCAGCAAUGUUACUUACCAUGGUGAUAGAGAAAAGCGAGUCCAGAUGGAGGCUAACAGACCUGCGGAACAGGUGGAAGCCCAGGGCAUUGUCCGCAACAUACAAGGCGCCCCUAGAAAUGUCCGUCGGGACCCUGGCCGUAUUGCGGACAUGGAGCCACCACAAGAAACCAACUCUCCGUACUCUAACAGAAACUCCGCUGGCGCCCGACAGGUGUAUGAUUCCAACGUUGGCAGAGACCAGCAACGCGCCUCGUACGGACAAGAUCGCUUUGAGCAGCCAGCGCGGAAAAACAUUGGAUCAAUCAGCGACUAUGAUCCAAUGAAUGACGGUUCUAUAACAGGACAGCAAAGUCAGCCUAAAAGUCCGGCAGCCCAGCAGCCAUACCAGCCUCCCCAGCAGCCCUAUGAGCCCCCAAGACAGUCAUAUGAGCCCCCCAGACAGGCCCAGCAACCGUACCAACCACCUCAGCCCGCCUAUCAGCCACCUCCACCGGCAGAACAGUCAGGAGGGAAAGGGAUGGUGUGCAUUGCUAUGUACGACUAUGAUGCAGCGGAUGCGGACGAAGUCAGUUUCCGUGAAGGAGAUGUCCUAAUUUUCUGCCAACCAAUUGAUGCCGGAUGGAUGGAAGGCACAGUGGAAAAGACAGGAAAACGUGGAAUGCUGCCGUCAAAUUACGUAGAAAAGAGCAACUAGGUCCCAGUGCGCACUUAUUAAAGAACUGAUAUUUAAAUUUUAUGUAGCUCUGUACAAAGUUGUUAUUAUAAACAUUUUAUCAAUAGGAUUUUAUAUGCUAUGUUAAGCAUGGUUCUGCUAUUGUUAUGUACGAUACUAUUAUGUAUAUGGUUUGGCUUAGUAUUAGAUUAAAGAGUUAUGCUAAUGUAUCUUUCAUGAAAGCAUUGUGUUAUCCACUUUGAUAGAGUGUUAAGGCAUAUCACUUAGCGACAUUCUAUACAUGAUAUACCAUGGGAUAAAAUUGUGUUCUGCUUUUUCAAUUGGUAAAUGUUCAUAUCUUCAGAAGCAGCAUAUGAAUGGUGUUUGCAAGAAGUUACUGCACUGAGAAAACUUUGUUAAUUUCGAUAUCCAUUCUGUGUUGUUAAAGGGGCUGGACAAGAGAUGAAACAAUUGAAAGAUAAAAAGAAAAUUGUCAAAAACAUACAUGAAAUUGAUAUCGUUGUGUACAACGCAUUGAAUCCUACUCGCUGAUGUAUCACAUCAUUACUACAUAAUGUUUAUUUCGCAGUUUUUGCAUGUCUUUUCCAAUUUGGAAUUUAUUGGGUUGUCUAUCAUGUAAAUCCCAGUUAUUUAAAAAUAGCGUCUGUAUAUGUAUCUGUACUAAUCAUGUGACUUUCACACGCUAAAUAUACACAACAUUAACUGGGAAACCAUUAUGCGCUAUUUGUAAAUGGGUUAACUCAGCUGAGACAGCGACUAAAUAUUCUUUAAAUCAUGUAAAAUGAUGUAUUAUCGGCCUCAUACUUGCUCGUUUUGACGAUUCUAGGCUUGUCUUGUGGAAACAAUUUAUUUGCAGAUUUUGGACCAUCUGGUGUCUAGUCCCUUUAAGGACCUUUAUUUUUGUCAGGCUUUAUUCACAGAGUUUAGAAAAUUAAAAAACUUCUUUAGAUUUAGAUUGUUUUAGUGUCAUUAUGGAGUGAUCGAUGUCAACUUUUCAUUCAGUUGGCAUUAGGUGAGGUUUUAGCUUGCUAUGUUGGCUGUGUUAUUAUGUACAGUUUUUAACUGUAAGGAGAGUUGUUAUUUUAGAUCAUGUCAUACAUUCAAUGGCAGCCAUAUGUUACAGUUCAUAACAUUGAGUGCGUGAAUGGUUCAUCGUACAAGUUAUGACAAGGCCAUUUUCAAAACAAGCAGCUCUUUUCAAAAUUUCUUUUUUUUAGUUGGCUAUAUAUUUUUACCUCAAUUUUGGGACUAAAUAAACUUGAUUAUCUUUGGUUUUACAGUUCAGAUAUUAGAAAUUUCAAAAAGGACUUUUAAAAACUUUUAUGAAUAAACUGAAAUAAUGUUGCCUAGCUCAAACUGACAAAAUGAUCAGUGAUUUUCUCUUAAAGCUAAAUGGUAAAGUAAAUAGAGUUAUAAUAAAUCUAGUAAAAUCCGUAUGAAAUAGAAUAGAAGUUUUGUUUUGUUUUUUGUGUUAGGAUCUUUUAUGAAUCAUAUUUAUUUGAAUAUUCAGGGAUUGUUUAGUUUUAUUUUGGUUUAAAUUAAUUACUUGGUUUACUAACUUAGGAAUUUUAUUUGCCAUAAUGUUUUUAGUGUUUUGUAAAGAGAUAGAUACUGUGUUUUGUAAAACUGUAGCUUUGAAAUUUACUGUAUUUAGACAUGAUGUUGAUUUAAUUUAAUAAAGAAAUGUUUUAUGGGAAAACAGUUAAAAUGUCUUAUAAAGCCAACAAACUUUAGACUUUUAAGGUGGGUACUUAUUUUUUCAUUUCAACUUUUUAACUUCAUCGGAUUACUAACUGUACUGUACAGAAUAACAAGCAGGCAUUUGAAAGGGUUGUUAAACAAUCAUUUGGAAUGAUCUUGGUUCAAAAAUAGACUGUUCCAUGUUUGUUAUAUGUAAAAAGAUCAAUGAGCUCUUAGAUCAAAUGUGGUCAACGAAAGUUUUCAGUUUAAUUUAAGAACUGUUUCUUCUUCAUGUAGUGAAUUUUAUUCAUUUAAAAUAUCCUUCCAUCUUGUGUGUUGUUUCUUCUAAUCAUUUCAGUACUGAUUGAAGAAAAGAGCAUUUUUUUGCGUCCUAAAACACCAAUUGUCAGAAUUUAAAUACUAUCUUGCAAAUAUAAGUACAUAUUCACAUAAUAUUCGGGAUUUAAUAUUGGGAGUACAUAAUUGAUCUGUUUAUAAGGAUUUUAUCCUUUACCAAUUCUAUACUUCAAAUAACACAGUUUAAAGUCCCAGUGUUUUGUGAAAACGAUUGUUUUUAUAUUAUUAAAAACCCUUAUUUAAAUAUGAGUUUCUUGGCAAUAAUUUUAAUAUAGGUGGCAUGGAUUAAUAGAACCCUUUUCUGUGGCUGGUCAAUUAUAUGGGUAUUUAUUAACUGGUAUUUUGGAGUUUGGCUAAGUAUCAUAUACAAUAUAGAAACAAUUCAAAGGUAAUGAGUUCUCAAUACACAAGUGUAAUUUAUUAAUUAAAAAAUAAUUGGAACACACCAUUUCACUUAAGUGUUCAUAAUUGACACAAAUACUAAUUGGACAACCCUACCUUAAAGAAGUGCAAUUUUCAUCCCAUUAUAUAUAAAGCAUUUACAUAUAGUACCUCUUUUAGUGGUGAUCCCCCAUUUUCCCUCUUAGACCCGAAUGCAUGCUCCCAUUAUUAUGUAUUUCCCUUAACUACAAAAUGUUGUGUAAAUAUUUCAAUAUUCAAUAUUCAGAUUUUAUAAUUUGUGAUAUAAUUGUUCUAAGAACAUUAUUAUCUUUCUUUUUUUAUGAAGUUAAGAUAGAAACAGGUUUUGCUUCAGAUAAUCGCUCUAUGCACUUAGAUACUAAUAUCCAUAGUUUAAUAUCAUGUUCAUGUGGUGAGCACUGGUGUGUCAAUGUUAAUGUUUGUGUAUGACCGUGUCAAUGAUUGCGAGAGUCAAUGUUAAUGUUAAUGUGUGACUGUGUCAAUGAUUGCGAGGGUCAAUGUUAAUGUUAUUGUGUGACCGUGUCAAUGAUUGCUUGUGUCAAUGUUAAUGCUUGUGUAUGACCGUGUCAAUGAUUGCGAGGGUCAAUGUUAAUGUUUGUGUGUGACCGGGUCAAUGAUUGCGUGUGUCAAUGUUAAGGUUUGAGUGUGACCCUGUCAAUAAUUGCGAGGGUCAAUGUUAAUGUUUGUGUGUUCUGGGUCAAUGAUUGCCUGUGUCAAUGUUAAUGUUUAAGUUUGUCAAAGUCAAUGAUUGGUAUGGCUGUUUUGUUGGAUGUUAAUGGUUGUGUAUGACUGGCCAGUAUGCUAUGUAUUUUCCAGAUGUAAUUAAAGUUGGACAGAGUCUAUGUUGGUGUAUAUUUUAUAGACAGUCCUUAUCUUUUCUAACAUUUGGUUGGUAUUAAUUUAUGAUUUUGGCCAUUGUUUUUGUGUUCAGUCUUUCAGUGUUAAAUAUCGCUCACCACAAUGAAAACAAACAGAUCAAAUAUUGCAAUAGAUGAUUUAUUUAUUUAUAAUCUUAUAGAACAGAAAAUGGUAUGAAAAUAAUGGAACAUGUAAAGUGUAUAUGACUAUUAUAUAUUUAGACGGCUUAUUUUAUGGAUAACAGAUUUAUCCAUUUAAGAUAGGCUUAGGUUGGUUUGUAUCUAAAUGGUUUCUUUGACAGGUAGAAUAUGUAACAGAUAAAAGCAUUGGUUGUCAGAUUUUGGUAAAGAUGUUAAACAGAUAGUUUCCUCAUUUGGUAUUUUUACUUCAACUUGUUAUGAAGUCUUUACUUGUCACAGAGGCUAAGAUAAAACAUAGUCUAUGAGAAUCUUGAACUUGCGACUAUUUCAACUUGUUUAGCUUCACUUAAUUCUUUCUUUCUUUCUUACAUUUCAAUGGUGCAGAAAUGUUCCAUAAUGCUUGUACUCUCACAUAGUAUUUAAUAAAUUUUGAAAGCUG